GCUGAGCAAAAACCCUUAAACCCUGGUUCCCAUUUCCUCCACUCUCCCGGGUUCAGAACCUUAAACCCUAGAAUUAGCAGCCAUGCCAGUUUUCACUAUGGAACAAGACUAAACUUUUAAAACCCCUUCCUCCCAAAGGGUCAAUGUUUGCUAUUUCGAGAAUGAAGUCCUUAAUAUCCCCAACGGUUUCACCACUUUCUCUUUGCCUCCCAAAAACCGCACCUUUUGCUCUAUUUUAUUCUGCCUCAAAGCUUCGCAAUCCAUGGCCUCUUCAACCCCCCAAAUUUCUCCAUGUGAAACUCAGAAUUCCUUCACCAGUGCUCCCAAUUCAUUCAAUUUCGAAGAGAAAUACGCAGACAGAGGCCUCUCAGUCUACCUCGCCACCGUCCGGCGAGAUUCAUGUCAUCGUAGGUCCCAUGUUUGCCGGGAAAACGACAACGCUGCUUCAUAGAAUCCAAUCCGAGAGCAUAACUGGCAGGUUGAGCUCCGUAAAAAUUCUCUGCAAUUGGAUAAAACUAUAAGCGGUCUUUGUUUAAGGGGAAGACUGAGUGAAGCUGUGGGACUGUUGUGGUGCACAAGAGUGAUAAUGAAUGAAAACACAUAUGCUCUUCUCUUGCAAGAAUGCAUAUUCAGGAAAGAGUAUAGGAAGGGGAGGAGAAUUCAUGCACAAAUGAUUGUUGUUGGAUAUGUACCGAAUGAAUAUCUUAAGAUCAAAUUAUUGAUACUGUAUGCAAAAUCAGGGGAUCUAAGAACUUCCUCUAUUCUGUUUGAUAAGUUAUCGGAGAAAAACUUGAUUUCCUGGAAUGCAAUGAUUUCAGGGUUUGUGCAAAAAGGGUGCAAAGAAAUUGGUCUUGAUAUUUAUUAUGAGAUGAGAAAGAGUGGUUUGACACCAGAUCAAUAUACCUUUGCAUCAGUAUUCAAAGCCUGUGCUUCUUUGGCUUCACUAGAUCAGGGGCAUCGAGCCCAUGGGAUCAUGAUAAAGCAUCAUCUUACAGAAAAUGUUGUAGUCAAUAGUGCCCUCAUGGAUAUGUACUUCAAAUGUAGCAGUCUUGACGAUGGGCGUAAGGUAUUUGAUAAAUCAUUGAAUAGAAAUGUUGUUACUUGGACUGCUUUAAUAUCUGGGUAUGGCCAGCAUGGAAGAGUUGAUGAGGUUUUGGAAUCAUUUGAAAGAAUGAAAUAUGAAGGGUUUAGACCAAACUAUGUUACGUUUCUUGCAGUUCUCUCUGCUUGUAGUCAUGGAGGCUUGGUUAAUGAAGGUUGGCAUUAUUUCUUAUCCAUGACAAGAGAUUAUGGAAUCCAGCCACUAGGGCAGCACUAUGCAGCUUUGGUUGAUUUAUUUGGUCGUGCUGGGAAGUUGCAUGAAGCUUAUGAUUUUAUUCUUAACUCUCCUUGUAAGGAGCACUCAGUAAUAUGGGGGGCAUUGCUCGGAGCCUGUAGGAUUCAUGGAGAUAUGGACCUGGUAAAGCUUGCUGCAAAUAAAUACUUUGAAUUGGACCCAGAAAAUGCUGGAAAGUAUGUGGUAUUAUCUAAUGCUUAUGCCACUUUUGGUUACUGGGAUAAUGUUGUAGAGGUAAGGGAGAUGAUGAGGAGUUCAGGGAUCAUAAAGGAGCCUGGUUAUAGUCGGAUUGAGGUUCAAGGGGAGGUCCACUUCUUUUUAAGGGAUGAUAAAUCUCAUAAAUUAUCCACUCAGCUUUAUGAGUUAAUCAAAUUAAUGACUUCCAGUUUAAAGGAUGCUGGCUACAUUCCUGAUUUAAAUAGCACAUAGUUCUAUAUAAUUUUAUUUUUUGGUGCAUAUUGCAACAAGGCAGAGCUGCUUGGAGAGCUGCUAGGACUAGGAGGUUCCAAAAGCUAUAUAUUUUUGCUGCACUGUUGUGUUAAGAUGUGUGAAGUCUUUGGACCCCAUUGAGGUAUGCUGCAUGAAAGAUAAUGAAAGUCACCUACAAUCAGAAAUCUCUCUGUUUAGUAUAUUAAUUGGGUGCAUAUAUAGUUGGUUGUUGUGGGACUACCAGACAAGGGAGUUUCAGAUUUUAUUUUCUUUCUAAACCUUGAUAUAGGUACUUGUACAGAGAAUGAAAAUGAACUACUUAG